UUAUUAUUAUUAUUAUUGUCACUGGCAUUGGCAUUGCUGAGUUAUAUUAUCAGUGAGUUUGAGUGAGUGAAAGAUUUGGAAACUUUGAUAUAUCGACGCGUUACGGUAACACGUUAUAUUCGUCGGUACUCGAUAAUACUGCGAGUGCGAAAUUGUUGUUUCGAGUAUUUGAGAAGCGGGGUAAAAACAGAAGACAUCCGACGAUCUCAAGAUGGCCGACGGUGGUAUUAGGCGCGACAUUCCCAUCAAGCUAGGCGAGUUCAGCGUUAUCGAUACCGAGUUUGCGAAUAUUCGUGAAAGGUUCGACGCCGAGAUGCGGAAAAUGGAGGACGAGAUGUCCAAGUUCCGCAGCAAGCUCAUGGAUCGCGAGAGCAACAACUUCUUCAAGAGCACCACCAGUACGCACCACAUGACAAGCGAGCACCGAACCUCGAAGUCCACAACCGGUGAUUGGGAGAGCCUGGAUAGCGCCGCGCCGACAACAAAGUCUGCAUUCGAUACCUUCUCCAGCAAAACGACGCAAGAACAAUCACAGAACAGCUCGCUGACACCGCAUCACGACUCUAACACAUGGCUGGACGGUCUCGACAGUCCCCUGAUCCAGGACGAAGGUGGCAACAAAUCGCUGAAGCUCCGUUUCGACGUAUCGAAAUACACGCCAGAGGAAAUCGUCGUUAAAACCGUCGACAACAAACUGCUGGUUCACGCUAAACACGAGGAAAAAUCCGAGAGCAAAUCUGUCUACAGGGAAUACAACCGGGAGUUCUUGCUGCCCAAAGGCACCAAUCCGGAAAGCAUCAAGUCAUCGCUGAGCAAAGAUGGUGUUCUAACGGUCGAAGCACCUCUGCCCUUAGGAUCAGGAGAAACACUCAUCCCGAUUGCGCAUAAAUAAAUAUCCAUAUAUUUAUUUACGUAUAUUAUUUUAUUUAACGAUUAUAUAAAUCCACUUCCUCCUCUUCCUCCUCUUCCUCCUCCUCCCUCUCCUCUUCAUUAUCCUAUCCUGACACGCUGCGUCGCAGUAGCGUUCCUGUCAACCUUUCCUGAUAUAUGCCUAUAAAUUUCCUUUUUCACCCCACCUGCUGACUACCGGCGAUAUUAUAAAACUUUUUUUCACACUUAGUAUAAUGUCAAUCCGGUGUAACGAUUAAAAUUUAUUUCGGCGUAUUCGAUAUUUAUUUACAUAACGUUUCGGUUUGUUGCACGGUGAAAUAUUGAUACAUUGUAAUAUCGUGCUUCAAAGAAAGAAGAUGAAAAAGGCAAAAGAAAAACGUAGGUUUCGGAAAGACGAAAAAUUAAAUUAAAUUUUUCGCACAAAAAGAAGAAGAGGGAAAAUUAAACAGAAAGCCGAAUGACUCAAAAAAGUAUUUAUUGUUUCAAGUUUUCAUAGAUCGUUAAAAAUUGAAUAUUUGUUUAAAUAAAAGAAUAAAAAUAAAAAUAAAAAGAUAUUACUUUUUUUUCCCCCUUUAUUUGUAAUAUUAUAUAUGUACAUGUUUGGAGGUGAAUCGCAUAAAUGUUAUCGAAAUUUUUUCCUCCCGCAGAGGUGAAUUUAAACUCGUUGAUAAUUUUCGACAAGACUAUAUACACAAGAUUAACUGCAAACAAGAGAAUAAAAAAAUUUGGAUAUAAUUGAAUGAAAUCGUUGCGUUAUUAUUGACCCUGUGCUUGAAAUGGUAGAAAUAAAUAAAAAAUAAUAAUAAUAGUAAUAAUUUGAUAUUAAGCGUCACGCUAUGUGCAAUUAAAUAUUACAGGAUUGCUUUUGAAUAUCUGUUCAACUGUAUUAUACUCCUAUGCAUAUGUGUAAUAGAAACGAAGUAUAGCUAAUUGUCGAUGAGCAGAGCCAGAGGGAAUCGCAAAUAUUUAGUUUCGAGUAUAGUACAUGGUACAUUCUCGAUGCAUAAUCGCGUCUCAUAAAAAAACAA